AUAGAAUGCUCAAACGUCAUUGUUUUAGUUUUGUGAAUUUUCUAUUUUUCUGUCUAUAGAUUUUCUAGAUAAUAAUUUCAUCUUGUACUUUCGAUUAAGACGAAAUUCAAAAUGAACCAAGCACAUGGUUUCAAUUUGCAUCAUCCUCCAUACGAAGCUGCCAAAUGUAUGGUAUACUUUGAGAAGCAUCGCCUAUUGGAAGUAUGUCGUCAACUUCUCCUGGAGCUUGGCCUGAACAGGACCACAGACGUUUCUGGUUUCAUCAAGAAAAAUAUUAGCAGAAUUUCAGAACGAGUCAACUCGACUUAUGCCUUUCUUCAGGCUCCACCGAUAUUUGAUCUUGAAGCUCUUUCACAUAAUAUGCAUAAGAAGUUUAAUAUUCCCACUAUCAUCUAUACUAAAGAGCGCCAAUUGUGCGAUUCAGGCAAGUUACUAAAAAAGUUCCUGAAAUUUCUUAAGAAAAACAACCUUACCCGGAAGAACGUAAUCUUUGUCAAUUUCCCUUCAAAUCGGGUUGAAUCCUUGCAGUUUCGCAAGGAGCACAUCAAUCCAACAUAUGUCUUCGAGAUUGCUUCAUCCUUUCAAAUACCCUUUAAAACAAAAGAAAUGUUAGCCGAAGAGGGUGAUCCAUAUUUUGAAGGCUUAAAGCAAGUGAAAUAUUUCUAUGAAGACGCAUUUCGAGUAAUCAACUACGGCCUAGCUCCGGUUACCAUGGGUAACUUACUAAAUACUGGGCAAGAUACUUACAUGCAGAGCAUUGACGAAAUCGGAUUGGAUAUCGUGAAAAUGUUACGGAAUACUGAUAUGAGCCCUGAAGAAGAAGACGUUGGGAAAUUUCUACCAAGGAUUGUGAUCUUCGGGAGAAAAGGUUCGGGUAGAAAAACGCAAGCCAAAGCUUUGGCAAACCAUUUUAAUUUGGUUUUUGUUGACGUUCAACAGCUCCUUUUACACAAUAUCAGUUCUGAGACACGAUUAGGUAAAAUUCUACGUCAUGUGGUUGAUUCUCGCGAUUACUCAGAUGCUAUAAUUUCGAACCUUGUCCAGCAGAGGCUACUUGAAAGAGAUUGCUUGAAAAAUGGUUGGGUUCUUGUUGGUUAUCCAACGGAUGUGGAUGGUUUCAAGCAUAUGCAAGAGUUUGUCGUACCACCAAAUAAGAUCGUAUUUUUACACUGCCGUGAAAGGGUUGUUAUGCGUCGAUUAAUAAAUUCAUGGAAUCGAAUGCAAUUUGGACAAAAUAUGUCGAAUAAAGAUGAGUGCAAUGAUCAAACAGAGCGACUUCUUCAGGUACGGAAGCAUUGGAUAAAGAACGCAAGUAACGAGUUGGAAUAUUUCGAUGGAAACAAAAGGAAGAUACUGGACUAUCUGGCGACAAAGAAGGAAACUAUCCAUAUUGAUGGGAAUCAUUCGAGAAAUACAGUCACAACGAAACUAUUUGCUAGGAUAGAGCAGAAACAAAAUGGAUUUGCAAUGAAAAAAUCGGCAAACUCGACGGUGUGUAAUAAACCAAAGCUAAAAAUACUCACUGAGGUGCUCACCUAAGAGUUUCCUAAUCGCUGAUGUAGAUGUUUAUAACAAUUAAAAUUAGAAUACCUCCUUGGUUAUAUCCCUAUCUUAUGCCUUUCUUAUUUGAAUUUGUCUUGAGAACAUGAAUAAUAUAAAGUCCUUUUAUAAAACUUUGAA